UGCUCCAGCGCUUUGUCCCCGCGCCAGGUGCCGUCAUGUCGGGCUUCGACGACCCCGGCAUCUUCUACAGCGACAGCUUCGGGGGGGACCCUGCGGCCGAAGAGGGCCAGGCCCGCAAGUCGCAGCUGCAGAGGCGCUUCAAGGAGUUCCUGCGGCAGUACCGGGUGGGCACCGACCGCACCGGCUUCACCUUCAAAUACAGGGAUGAACUCAAGCGGCACUACAACCUGGGUGAGUACUGGAUCGAGGUGGAGAUGGAGGACCUGGCCAGCUUCGAUGAGGACCUGGCUGACUACUUGUACAAGCAGCCAGCAGAACACCUGCAGCUUCUGGAGGAGGCUGCCAAGGAGGUGGCUGAUGAGGUAACCCGGCCCCGGCCCAGUGGCGAGGAGAUGCUGCAGGACGUCCAGGUCUUGCUCAAGUCGGACGCCAGCCCAUCCAGCAUCCGCAGCCUCAAGUCAGACAUGAUGUCGCACCUGGUGAAGAUCCCGGGCAUUGUCAUCGCCGCCUCUGCUGUGCGCGCCAGGGCCACACGCAUCUCCAUCCAGUGCCGCAGCUGCCGCAACACCCUCACCAACAUCGCCAUGAGGCCCGGCUUGGAGGGCUACGCACUGCCCCGCAAGUGCAACACAGACCAGGCUGGGCGCCCCAAGUGCCCACUGGACCCUUACUUCAUUAUGCCAGAUAAGUGCAAGUGCGUGGACUUCCAGACCCUGAAGCUACAGGAGCUGCCCGACGCUGUGCCCCACGGCGAGAUGCCCCGGCACAUGCAGCUCUAUUGUGACAGGUAUCUGUGUGACAAGGUCGUGCCUGGGAAUAGGGUCACUAUUAUGGGCAUCUAUUCCAUCAAGAAGUUUGGCCUGACAUCCAGCCGAGGCCGUGACCGGGUGGGCGUGGGCAUCCGGAGCUCCUACAUUCGAGUCCUGGGCAUCCAGGUGGACACAGACGGCUCUGGCCGCAGCUUCACUGGGGCUGUGACCCCCCAGGAGGAGGAGGAGUUCCGCCGUCUGGCUGCGCUCCCCAACAUUUAUGAGGUCAUUUCCAAGAGCAUCGCGCCCUCCAUCUUUGGGGGCAUGGAUAUGAAGAAGGCCAUUGCCUGCCUACUCUUUGGUGGGUCCCGGAAGAGGCUCCCUGAUGGACUCACCCGCCGAGGAGACAUCAACCUGCUGAUGUUGGGGGACCCAGGGACGGCCAAGUCCCAACUGUUGAAGUUUGUGGAGAAGUGUUCUCCCAUCGGGGUGUACACAUCUGGAAAGGGAAGUAGUGCAGCUGGCCUGACAGCCUCAGUGAUGAGGGACCCUUCCUCUCGAAACUUCAUCAUGGAAGGUGGGGCCAUGGUCCUGGCGGAUGGAGGCGUUGUCUGCAUUGACGAGUUUGACAAGAUGCGAGAGGACGAUCGCGUGGCCAUCCACGAGGCCAUGGAGCAGCAGACCAUCUCCAUUGCCAAGGCUGGCAUCACCACCACCCUCAACUCUCGCUGCUCUGUCCUGGCUGCCGCCAACUCGGUGUUUGGCCGCUGGGAUGAGACGAAGGGAGAAGACAACAUUGACUUCAUGCCCACCAUCCUGUCACGCUUCGACAUGAUCUUCAUCGUUAAGGAUGAGCACAACGAGGAGAGGGACAUGAUGCUGGCCAAACACGUCAUCACACUGCACGUGAGCGCACUAACCCAAACACAGGCCGUGGAGGGUGAGAUCGACCUGGCCAAGCUGAAGAAGUUUAUCGCAUACUGCCGCACGAGGUGUGGCCCCCGGCUGUCUGCAGAGGCGGCAGAGAAGCUGAAGAACCGCUACAUCCUCAUGCGUAGUGGGGCCCGGCAGCACGAGCGGGACAUCGACCGGCGCUCCAGCAUCCCCAUCACCGUUCGACAGCUGGAGGCCAUCGUGCGCAUUGCUGAGUCCCUGGGUAAGAUGAAACUGCAGCCCUUUGCCACGGAGGCCGACGUGGAGGAGGCGCUGCGGCUCUUCCAGGUCUCCACACUGGAUGCUGCCUUGUCGGGCACCUUGUCAGGGGUGGAAGGCUUCACUAGCCAGGAGGACCAGGAGACGCUCAGCCGCAUCGAGAAGCAGCUCAAGCGCCGCUUUGCCAUUGGCUCCCAGGUGUCAGAGCACAGCAUUAUUCAGGACUUCACUAAGCAGAAAUACCCGGAGCACGCCAUCCUCAAGGUCCUGCAGCUCAUGCUGCGGCGCGGGGAGCUACAGCACCGCAUGCAGCGCAAGGUCCUCUACCGUCUCAAGUGAGCUCUGCAACGCCUCCUCACCACCCCCGGACUCGGAGGAGAGCAGGAUAGAGCAUCCGCUUGGGCUGCUGGCCAGGAAAUAUGCUUUUGGAGCUUGUUGCAGUAUUGGUGUGUCACCCCCUCGUGUCUGCACAGCAGGCCCAGAGCCAGGACAGACAUGCUUUGGGGUCAGACAGACCUGUGUCCUGUGUCCAUGUGAGUGUGUGCUUCUGUCCUUCAACUGCCAGUGGGCAAUAAAGCCAGCUACGCUCUG